GAGCUUCAAAUAAUGUUUGUUUAACCGAGGCUGAUCUGUAUGCAGCUCAUGCAGGCACUCAAAAGUGGGUCGAUCCCCAAAAGGGGUGAUCUAGGGAAUUCCGCUCACUGGCACAUGUGGCGUCACUGCAAGCCUGGCUCCACAAACAAAAUGGGUGUUUCCCUCAAAUUCACAUUUAUAUACUCUUGUAUGGCAAGAAAAGCUACGCGCACAUGUGUGUAAAUGAUCGUACACUCAAAUAACCUGGAAUGCAAGUUCGCACGAUCAGUGGAAUCUCAAAUGUGAAUUAAAACUCAGUUUGUUUGGAAGUUACCGCAGAAACCACGGCAGUUGUUUUCUUUCGUGCCGCCAACACAGCUCUGUCUGCCGCCCAUGAAGGGCUGAUGUUCUGUGUCUUGAUGGAGGUACAAGUGAAAAACCCAUGCCACAGGCCAGUCUUCAUCUUUCUGACUGUUGUUAUUUCCCUGGGAAUCAUUACAAUGGUGUCAGUUUCUGUUGUUCAGAACAAGCCUUUACUCCAGAAGUACAAGUAUGGAAUAGUUUUGGAUGCUGGGUCCUCCCAUACUUCUGUGUUCAUCUAUGAAUGGCCAGCUGAGAAGGAGAACAACACAGGCAUGGUACAGCAGAAACACACCUGCAACGUGAAAGGCAAAGGCAUCUCCAGUUACUCAGCUAACCCAGAAAAGGCUGGCACGUCACUGCAAGUGUGUAUGGAGGAGGCCAAGCAGAUAAUACCUGCAUACAGACACAGGGAAACACCAGUUUACCUAGGGGCCACAGCAGGCAUGCGAUUGCUCAAGAUGGAGAAUGAAACAGCCUCAGAAAAGGUACUAGACUCAGUAGCACAUUCUCUGCAAAUGUACCCCUUCUCCUAUCAGGGAGCUCGUAUCAUUUCGGGCCAAGAGGAGGGAGCUUUCGGCUGGAUCACUGUUAAUUACCUCAGCAAAAACUUGAGAAAGGCCACUGGGACCCUUGGAGCUCUGGACCUUGGUGGGGCAUCUACUCAGAUAACUUUUGUACCUAAACAUGACAUUGAAUCAGUCAACAAUUCUAUUGACUUCAGGCUGUACGGAAAUGAUUAUCACCUAUACACCCACAGCUUUCUCUGUUAUGGGAAGGACCAGGUUCUAAAGCUUUCCAUGGCUGAAAAAUUACGGUCAACAUUUGCGGUUGAUAAGACAGGCCCCAUUGAGUUAAAGGACCCUUGCUUCCACCCUGGAUAUAAGGUCAACAAGACAUUUCAGAGUCUCUUUGACACCCCCUGCAUAGAAGUGAAUACCUUUCCAAAUAAAGAUUUAACCCAUGUGGGGUUGGGUAAUUGGACGAAGUGCCAACAAUCAGUGAGAAAGAUUUUUAAUACCAGCCAUUGUGAAUACUCAAGAUGCUCUUUCAAUGGUAUUUUCCAGCCUUCUGUUGAUGGAAACUUUGGGGCCUUUUCUGCUUUCUACUUUGUAAUGAACUAUUUGAAUCUGACAACUGACACAUUAGACAAUGCAAAGCAGAAACUGACAACGUACUGCUCCAUCCCAUGGCAAAAGAUUGUAGAAAAUCAUCCCAAUAUAAAAGAGAAGUAUCUUGCAGAAUACUGCUUCUCAGGAACUUACAUUCUGACUCUUCUGGAAAAUGGAUACAACUUCACCUCAAAGAACUGGAAAGACAUCAGUUUCAUUAAGAAGAUAGGAGAAAGUGAUGCAGGCUGGACUUUGGGUUACAUGCUAAACCUGACCAACAUGAUCCCAGCUGAAGCUCCAGAAACACCCUUGAUGCCUUAUGGGGGAUAUGUCACAUUUAUGCUACUCUUCUCACUUCUAAUAUUACUUCUCAUUUUUAUGGCCUACUUGUACUUCCGUCGGUCCACUAGGACAACCCAGAAAGACAUAAUUUAGCUCGACAAAGACAGGGCUACUUUGCUGUGCUCUCUUAACAUUGAAUGUUUAUUUCUGCAGGAUGUAAUCUGUAAGAUCCAAAUCCAUGUUUUGGCUCAAUUUAAAGGGAUCGUUCAUGCAUAAAUGAAGAUUCUGUUAUUAUUCACUCAUCCUCAUGUGUUUCCAAACCUGCAUGACAUUCUUUCAUCUAUGGAACACAAAAGGAGUCACCAGUCACUAUUCACUUUCAUUUCAUGGAAAAGAGCAGUUUCAACAUUCUUCUGAAAUGUUCCUCUUGUGUUACACUUAAGAAUGAAAGUCAUUUGUGUAUAAAUGACACGAACAACAUAAAUGACAGCAGAAUUUUCAUUUCUGGAUGAACUAAUACUUCAAGGUUUUACAUUUCAAAGAAUUUGCACGUCAUACCUCAUGUGAAGGAUAAACAGGCUUUAGGAGAGUUAUGCGUUAUUGGUUCCAUUGGAACUGAAGGGAUACUAGAUGGAAGGGGAGUUUUUCUUUUCUAUUCCAAUUCUUUUCUGUGUGUUUGUGUUUUAUUUUUUCAUGAUGACUUCAGCUUGCCUCUGAAAUCUCUUAGAAGCAUAGGUUUUAACUUUGAGGAGCUGGGUCAAGAGGGUUGCAAUAUAUACAGUUUAUUGUGUGCCUUUGAAGGAAUAUACCAGGGCAAGCUCAAUAAACACCAUUUUUAACAUAAUGUUGAUUACCACAAAAAUUCAUUUCCACUUGUCACUCCUUUUCUUAAAAAAAAAAGGAAAAAAAUAAAUAAAAAGUUUACAGUGAGGCACACAAUGGAAGUGAAUGGGGCCAAUUUUUGGAGGGUUUAAAUGCAUAACUGUAUAGAUUACAAUUUUAUAAAAGCUCUUACAUCUGUUAAAACUUGUGUAUUAUUUGAGCUGUAAAGUUGUUUAAAUCAUUGUUUACUGGGAUUACAGUUUACAGCGUACAUCACCAUGUUCACGAAGUUGUAAAAAUUGGAUACAACUUUACAGAGAAAGGUUAGUUAGAAAGGUUAGAUUUUAUCACACAAAAAUUAUGUUAACAUGCAUAUUGUUUACAUCUUGUGGCUAUACUUUUGAAAUAUGGAGUACUUUAAAGUUUACUGAUUGGUCCCAUUCACUUCCAGUGCCUUACUGAUACCCAGAAUUUUGCGUUUUUUAAAGAAAAAAAGAGGGGUGGGUCAAAAUAAAUUUUUGUGGUAAUAAAUAUUAUGCCACAAAUGCUUUUUGCGCUUGACAUGUAUGUGACCCGUAAAAUUCCUUUAAAUCUUUAAAGAAGGUUUCCCUAUUUAGUUAUAGAAAAGCACAUUUUAGAUGCCAGUCUCUUUUACUCUUUUAGUAAUUUUAAAUAAAAGUAUGUGAGGACAAAGGUCUCUAGUUGUAGGCCCUUUUUGCCCUAAAUAAUCUGUAUUAUGGUCAUAUGGCUAUCAUGUAGUUAAACACAAUAAAAGCUUCCAGCGUAGCAUAUUUUUAUUAUAAAUUGAAAAUUGGGGACUGUAUUAUUAGGUUUGUCUUGGCAUGAUAUUUGUCUAUUCCUGUGCUUACCAUUCCUUGCUUUUUAGUGCAUUUAUUUCAUCAUACCACAGUGUAAUAGGAGAGUUAAAGUAAUCAAUUAUGCUUAAAAUAGUAGCUCAUGUCUGCUUCUGUAGGGCACAUUCUGUGUGUGAAAUUCCUGUGUAUGGCCCUGAAAUGAUAUGUAAAAUAAUGUGAAUUCUGAUUUUGUUUUUAUAUAUUUAAACAACAACUGAAGCAAAUUUCUAUAUUAAUUUGACAAAAUAUUA